AUGGAUUCAGCCAUGGAAGAUUUAGAUUCUACCAUGGAUUCAUUCAGUUAUUCCAAUAGCGAAUCUGGCACUAGCACAGACGAAGAGGAUGUAGAUGCUACCAUGGAUUCAUGCAGUCAUUCUGAAAGCGAAUCUGACACCCGUUCGGACAACAGCACAGAUUCAAAUAGUUCAGAUAUCGAUUCGAUUGCUUCAAGUGCAAUUAGUUCCGAUAAUGAUACAGACGAUUCAGAUGUUUCAAUUAAUGGCACUGAUGGAAACGAAAAUGAUGAAUCACGAGGAAUGCGCGAAGAAUUAGCUAAAGUUUUUGCUAUUGGCCGGUCUCGAACCGCUCAUAUCGAAUCAACGGAUUUCACCUGUAAUAAAUCGUCUGGAUGUCGCUCAAUCCAAGCUGGAGAUGCAACCCGAAAAUCGUAUAGUCAAAUCUCCUGGAGCACAUGGAUUACGCCUGGAAUAAAUCGAUCAGAUGCCGCUCAACCCAAGCAUCACAAUGACUCCGCAGAUGUCAAAGAAACUCUCAAGGUACCACCGGAUCUCGAAAACCCGACGUCUAAUUUUAGUUCUUUUGCCGAGGUGGUAACUAAAUCGUCCAUUGCAAAACCGAUGCCCGAUGAAGUCAAAGACUCAACAAUUCAACCGCAAAAUGAUUCGAUUCGGUCUCAACGUACCUUUACGCCGGCGACUGAGACACAAAAGGUGGCUUAUUUAUUCCAAUUUGAUCCGUCUACUACCGAAUCGCAAAUUGUCAGCUAUUUGCUACGGAAGAAUGUAAUAACGUCGGCUGAAGAUGUGUCAUGCAAGAUAUUGGUUUCGCCCUAUGAAGAUAUGAGCUUCGUUAGCUUUGUAUCAUUUAAGGUCACUGUGAAUUCUGACAUAUUUGACUCUGUAGUUGACAGUGAAUUGUGGCCCGAGGGCAUUGCUGCUCCAAACGGUGAUCAGAGUGAUUCCAAAUUGCGUUCUGUUACUGGAGCAUCAUUGGUUUCAAUAGCUCAACCAACCGAUAAUCAAAAAGUGAUUGAUUCGAACAAAUUAAAAGAUCGUCAACGUGCCUACGACUCGAGCAAAAUUAUAAGUGACGACUUCGCUGGAGGUGAUGUUACUAUCGAGUCAAGAAAAUUUCAUGGUAACGACUCUGUGACUGAAAGUGGAAACGAAAGCUGGCAGUGGCUUCCAGCCAUCGCUAACCAAAGUCAUCAGCUUUCUGAAGGGGCUCAUGUUACAAUCAAAAAGAAUAUGGACGACUCAGAAAGCGAGAGUGAGAGUUUUCGGUUGGCUGUAACGGAAAGCGAGAGUGAGAAUUUACGAUUGGCUGUAACGGAAAGCGAGAGUGAGAAUUUACGAUUGGCUGUAACGGAAAGCGAGAGUGAGAAUUUACGAUUGGCUGUAAUGGAAAGCGAGGGUGAGAAUUUACGGUUGGCUAUUGCGGAAAGCGAGAAUGAAAAUUUACAGUUGGCUCCAUACAUCACCACUGGAAAUAGGAUCAAUUGUGACUCUGAAACAGAAACCGAAGAUGAAAUGGUUCCACCCAUCGACGAUAACAAUCGUCAACUGGCUGAUGGUGGUGAUACUCUAGAGCUAGACCAAAUUACUAUCGGCGACUAUGUGUCGGGAGGCGACAAUGGCAACAAUUUAAUUGAGCCUCCAAGUGAUUCAAAUCGAAACGGUCAAAUCGAUUGCGAGAGUGCACCGCAACGUUUUUCAACACACAGUAUCGAAUGCGAUGAAAUUCUGUGGGAAUUAAGAGUGAUGAACAGGAGGAAUGAAAAUACAGCCAAUCAAAACCAAAAAAUUAUGCGGGAUAUAAAGAAGAUGCGAAAAGGAGUGGCAAAAAUGACUCGAACUGUGAAGAACAUCAGAGAAAUACAAAGAAACCUUCCGAACAAAAAGGUUCUAGGUUUUGUCGCUUGGGAUGAACGUUUGACGGACGACAUUGAUUUUUACAGGGAGACGGUAUAA